AUUCAGAUCAUUCACAACUCAUCUAGACAAGAACCUCUACAAGCUUCACUCCAAACCAACUCACAACCAACAAUCACUCAAGAUGAAGUUCGCCGCCGUCAUCAUCGCAGUUACUGCCACCAUCGUUGCAGCUGCCCCCCCUAUCGCUCCUCACCAGGCCAAGCUCACCAUCUACUCUGGUUCCAACUCAACUAGCAACGGAACAGUCCCUGUUGCCAGCAGCAAUGCUGCCGCUGGCGCCGCUAUGCGCAGAGCUGUCAAGGCUGCCGCUGGCACUCGCAUUUACACGAGCUCCAGCAACUCGACCACAUCUAACUCCACUUCUAACGGAACAGGUAGCAAGCAGGCGUCUAAGAAGACCAAGCGCACACACAAGGAAGGAUCCACGUUGUCUGACAUUAUCGACCGUAUGGGUGCUCAAUAAUGAGACUGAUUGAACAAAAGAAAAUCAACAAAACCAAACAACAACAACAAUAAUAGCAAACACGCACUGACGAACAUAUUCGACAAAUUUUAUUAUUCGGGAAGACAUGGAGUGGUGGAAGGACGCUGUGUGAGCAGCAUGGCAUUAUUUGGAUUUGCUCUAGUGGGUAUGAGAGCAUUGUUAAUACUUUGAUGUAUCGACCUACAUGGUCAUUUAAUGAAUACAAAUACCCCUUUCUUCUUCAAACAUUCAAU